CCGAAUUAAGAUAUAUCUGCUUAAAACGCAAUAUAAAAGGCCUCUCCCUCCCUCCCUCCCUCUCUCAGACUCUCACGACUCCAAAGCAAAAGGUUCCAAGACUCUCUCUCUGACUUUCUCAUCUCCCGCCGUGUCACCGUCGUUACGUCACCAUCUCCGGCCACGGUUGGUGGAAAAUGGGAAGAGCGUUCGGGAUCGAACUCGAGGGAGCAGUGUAUACAUGCAAAUGGUGCGACACACAUCUCGGAGUCCCCAGUGAUAUCAUCUCUAAGGAGACCGAGGAUGGUUGCCUCGUAUAUGUGUUCAGUAGACUCUACAAUACAAUAAUUCUGGCUGAAGCAACUGGUGACUUCCAUGAUAUCUUUUGUGUCGGUUGUUCCAACGACAUCGGCAUUUAUGGCGUAAGAAAAGAGACCCCCCCAAGACUCAGAUUCCACCAAAGCAAACUCAAUUCUUCAACUUUAUAUGUGUGUUCAUUGAUUUUGUACGUGGUUUCUUUCUCACAGGUAAGUGAUCCAAAUAGUUUCAGGGUUUUGAGGAGCGAACUCCAUGGACCGGAAGGAAGCGAUGAUGAGGUUUAGGAGUUGGUAUGUGCUAAGAAAAUGUAGAAAGUAUAUGUUUUUGAAUUUCAUAUUACUUUGUAUGGUGUGUGAAUAGUC